CCGACCUUGCGAUUGGAAAAAAGACCCAACGACCAUGCCGCUGCCAAACGUGUCGACAUUACCGAUGGACAGCCGCGUGAUUCUCCUGGAGCAUAUCAACUUGAGUACUCAAGAGGACGGAGAUGCCGCAAACUCGACGAACCUCUUCUACCUCGAUGUGCUUGGAUGCGCGCGAGAUCCACGCGUGAAGUGGAUGGUCCAUGCCAACAUUGGGUUGAGCCAAUUUCACAUCUUGCCCAAUCAGCCCGUGAGUCAGAGACUCGACGGCGAAAUAGGCCUCUUCUACCCCAGCCUCGACGAGUUUGAAGCGCAUUUGGUUAGCCGUGCGUACCCGUACGUGUCCACUCUGUGCAGCUCACGGCAUCGCACUGUUCCCUCCACCAUUCGUGCCUGGGACUUUGCAAAUGCCACGUCCAAAUAUGAUCAUCUGCAGGUCACGUGCCCGAAUGGAAACACGUUCCAGUGCUUCCAGUCCCCUUUGGACUAUUUCGACGUAGUCGGAGCGAUCGGCGCGCAACCUGGCGAGCGCGCCUUGGGCGUCGGAAUGCCGUACAUCAAGAUUCUUGUUCGACCAGGCGUUGCUGCAGGCAUUGCUCGCUUUUACGAGGCAUUUCUCGGGGCCGCCUGUGUCGUGACGUCCACCGAUGCACAAGCGGUCGUGUGUAUUGUGGACUGCGGGGCCACUCAACGUUUGAUUUUUGAACAAGUCCAAGAUGAGGCUCAGCUGCGACCGUACGAUGGACACCACAUUUGCAUUUACAUUGCCGAGUUCGAGGCCGCGUACAGUCGCCUGCAUGGGCGACACUUGACAUGGAACAAUCCACUCUUCGAAGAUCGCUGCGAUACGUGGCAAAAUACGCAAACACACCAGCAGUUUCGCAUUCGGAGCAUUGUCGACCCCGAGUCCGGUACGGUGCUGCUAGAGUUGGAGCAUGAGAUUCGACCAGUAGACCACUCGAGAUGCCCGCUGUUUGCCAACUCAAACCACCAUUCGGUAGACUAAGCCAAAUUUAUGUAUGGCAUCCAGUGAAUUGGACAUACUACAUGUACUGUACCAG